GAAAAGAGAAAACGCAUAAAUACGUAAAUAAAUGACAUGCAAGCAAACGCACAUUACUGAUCUGCGCUCUCCCUUUUAAGAAGUCUGCGAGGAGCUUGCUAAAGAUAAUGCUUCGAAAAUGAAAAGAAGCGCAACGGGGACAAGGCUAUUUUCUCCCUCCCGGUGACGCAAUCGCCAAUAUAAGCUGGAGCCUAAAAGUUGGCUGCCAGUCUGCAGGGCAGCUUCUCUUAGUGAGCUUCGCGUGAAUCCGUCUCUCCCAAGAACGAAAGAGAGACAGGUCUUGGUCCCUCCGCUCAUCAACCAAGCCACUGGCAAAGCGAGAGCAUCGCCCCCUCAUAGAAAACGGGAAUUGGAAUCCUCCAGACGUUUGUAUACCCAGCACGUGAAGGCGAUGAUAAAAUCAGCUUAAAAAAACAGAACAAAAAUAAGCUUUUCUCGUCAUUUGAUUUGUGAUAAGAGAAAAUAAUGGCGGGUGCAAACGAAUCUCCAAGCAGCAGCAAGAAAGCUGAGGCAGGGCGCGAAUUAAGAGCCACCGUGUCCGAGAUCUCGGCGACGAGGCAGCUGACCGAGGAGGAGGUCUUGGAAAAACGAAGUAUUCUGAAGAACGUGUUGGUGGUUUCCUUUGCGUUCACUCUCCAGUUCACGAGCUACAACUCGAUGGAGAAUAUGCAGUCUUCGCUGAAUAACGAUGACGGAACGACCUCCCUAGCGGCGCUCUACGCAGGCUUCCUCUUCUCCGGAUGCUUCCUGCCUUCGCUCCUGCUGAAGCACCUGAAGGAGAAGUACACCCUGGCCCUGUCCGCCUUCUCCUUCUCCGUAUACAUGGCCGCCCAGUUCUACCCGAAGAUCUACCUCCUCGUUCCAACGGCCGUUGUCCUAGGGCUGGGGGCGGCUUCGCUUUGGGCGUCGAAGGGAACCUAUAUCACGAAGUCAGGUAAGCGCUACGCGGAGAUUACAGGCGAGGAUACCUGUGCUGUAAUCACGAAAUUCUUCAGCAUCUUCUAUAUGUUCUACCAGUCCACCCAGGUGUGGGGAAACUUAUUAUCAUCGGCAGUGCUAUCCAUCGACGCCGAGGUCGAGUUCAACAAAUCUGAGGAUGACUUGCACCUCUGCGGAUACAACUUCUGCGUAAGUCGCAGGGACUCCUACAACGAGUCCUUCACUGUCGGCAACGGGACGCAGGAAGUCCCGGCCCGGAUUCGACAAACCCGCCCACUGGCAAAUAUACGUUUUGGCAACGGUUUACGUGGCUGGUCCAGUUUUGGCUUCCCUUCUCAUCCUGAUUUUCCUGGACCCAAUUAA